UCCAUUUUCAUUUCAGAGAGGUCCGAUUUUCAGAGAGGUGUCUUCUUAUAAAUAACGUUCACAACCCUUACUAUGCUCGUUACCAAUGAGUAGAUGGGAUGGGGCAGGACAUGCAGUGCGUCAAGCAUCUCAAAUAAAACCAAAAAACUGUCUACACAGACGCCCGGACUACGGAGAUGCCGGUUGAUGAGCGGGAGCAGCUUGGAUGAAAUGAUUGAAUAACACUUAUGUGUACAUUUAUUUCGUUGCGCUCGCACACGCAACCUGGGCGGUCUAGUCACGGAGUCAAGCGCUUCAUGGUGGAUUCAUUAGAGGAGUUUCUCUAGUUUCAAGAAACUUUAUUCUAAUAUGUACAUGUACUAGGCUAUAGAUACAGUAUGUUUACGAUUGUAGCCUAAAAUACGCUGAUUUCAAGAUAAUAGUGUGGAACACACACACUUGGAAAGACUAACGCAGUGAGAAAGGAGCCACGCACUCAGGUCCAGACCUCCCACAGAAGGCAGUGCCCGUCAGAUCCAGGGAGAGGGAAAGGAGCCGAACUCGACAACGAAGCCACUGCUGGAGUCAGCGUAUUUGGAGUCAGCACCGCCAUCGCAGACACAGGCAAUCCCAGCGAUGAAGGCGCAGGGUUAGGAUUUACUGGAACCAGGACAUAUCCAUCCUUUUAGUGACGUAGUUCAUCCGGAUUGUGGGAAUCCCAUUGAACUGACCAGGAGGGAGUUGCUUGCUUUAGCAAAAUCAACAGUGGAGUCGACCAUGGGGAUUCAAGAGGACUUAGUAGUGACCACGGCUGUGAACUUUGUCGGGAACGGAAACUUCCUGGACUCGGCGUUCCGCUACACCCUCUUCCCAGUGUUCUACGGUGUUGUGUUCAUCAUUGGGCUGAUAGCCAAUAGUUACGUGCUGUUCGUGCUGUGGCGCCUGCGCGAUGCCAAGGUCUUGAACGAGAUCUGCAUCUAUAUGGCCAACCUGACUGUGGCCGACCUCCUCUUCGUGUGCGCCCUCCCCUUCUGGAUUGGCUACUACCAUCACGGUGGCGUCUGGCUCUACGGCGAAUUCCUGUGCCGUGUCACUGGUGUGUUCUUCUUCAUCAACACCUACUGCUCCAUCCUCUUCCUCACUGCCAUCAGUAUCAACCGCUACUGGGCCAUCACGCGCCCACUGGACGCCGCCUCGUCCGACCAUUGGUGCCGUGGGGUGGCCGUCACAGCGGUCAUCUGGGUGGUCACUCUGUCCAUGUCUGUGCCAUACCUCUUGAAGACGGGCAUCCAGAAGGACAAGAGCAACGUGUCGCGAUGCUUCGAGGGCUACCACCAUGAGACGGAUGGCGAGAAGCGGGUGGUGGCCGCAACCCACCUUAUCAUUGUGGGGUGCUUCGUCUUGGUCUUCUUCCUCGUCGUAGUGUGUAAUCUGCUCAUCGCCCGGGCGUUACUAGCCCAGUCCCUUACACAGGCUCGGUGCUCCAGUUCCUCAAAACCCCGGGGGGUGAAGAGCCGGGCCCUGCAGAUGCUGUGCGCUGUGGUGGGGGUGUUCGUGGUGUGCUUCCUCCCCCACCACAUGGUCCAGGGCCCCUGGACCCUGGCUGUGCUGGAGAUCAAGGAGGGCUGGGGCAGCACGGAAUGGAACCAGAAGACCAAGCAGUGGUUGAACGAUGCCCACCAGGUCACCCUGAUGCUGAUGGGGCUCAACUGCCUCCUAGAUCCCGUGGUGUACUGCUUCGCCACCAGGAGGUUCCACAUGUAUAUCAAGGACCAUCUGAAAAAGGUGGGGAGGGGCAGAGGCUGCUCGGAAACAGCCAUCACACACAUCUCUGUAGUGGAAUGCAAGAAUGUGAGCCAGCGGCUCCAUUGCGAACAGCAGCAGCUCAAUAAUUAAAGUCCUUCACUGUAACAGAAAACUGUCAUUUAUAUGGUAAAUUUGGGUAUUAUUAACAGUAAAAUACUCCAAACGCUUUACUGCAGCGUAGUGUAAAUUGUUGUGGGCGAGGAAACAAUUGCUUUAUUUUGAAUGGUACUGUAAUUCCACCCCACAGAAUACAGUACUGUAUCGUGUCUUUGGGGGCCAAAAACCUUUUGACCACUUGUGAGUGCAUGUUAUUGUUGUUUCUGGCUUAUUAACAUAUUUUGAGCCGUGCCUUGUAAGAGGCUAUAUUUGUUGCACCCGUGAGUGAAAAUGCUGUACCAAUUUAACUCCUAUGUUAUAGGAGACAGAUUGUACAGGGGACAGAUUUUAGUGGCAGCAAGUCUUAAACCUUAAAUGGUUGAGCAUUUUGCCAUGUCCUUUUGGUCUGUACCCUUGUAGUCGCUGCCAGUUUGGAACAUUUUGUUAAGGCCUCUACAGGUGCAAGUAAUAUAAAACACCAAUUAUGCAUUAAUAUGCUGUGGGUUGUGUACAACCAGAUGUUUUUCAAGGGAAAAGGAAAGAGAGCCUGUGACGCCUACACGACUUCCGCUUUUGGACGUUAACAAGGCGACACUCCAUCUUAACUCCUCCUCCACAUUUAUUGGAUUGGUUGAACAGUGCAGAAGAGAACCUCCCUCAACAGUUUUUUUCUUCUCGUCAGCUACGUUAGGUUACCUAGCAGCCAACCUGCUUGCACCAAUCCCUUGUAAUUACAGUAAAAUACUGUGAAAUACAAACCCGUCCCCUCAAUGAAUUUCAUUCAUCCAUUCAUCUAUGUGCCGACCUUACAGUGAUAUGCUUACUUACAAGCCCUUAACCAACAACGCAGUUAAGAAAAAUAAGUGUUUAGAAAGUAUUUACUAAAAUAAACUGAAGUAAAAAAUACAAAUAAAAUCGAAAAAUAUUUAAAGAGCAAACAAUAAAAUAACAGUAGCGAGGCUAUAUACAGGUUGGUACCGGUACAGAAUCGAUGUGCAGGGGCACCGGUUAGUUGAGGUAAUAUGUACAUGAAGAUAGAGGUAAAGUGACUAUGCAUAAAUAAUAUACAGAGAGUAGCAGCAGCGUAAAAAUGUGUGGGGGGGAAUAGUCCGGGUAGCCAUUUGAUUAGCUGUUAAAUUUCACCACCUCUCUUUCUUCCUGUUCUUUUUCUCUUUUGAGCUUAAACAGAGUAUAAAAGCAGAAGUUUCAUAGGGAACUGGAGCUUCUAAAAAUGAUAGAUUCACCCCUUACACAAUUCUCUCUGGAAGGAGAUUAAGGUCUCUAUUCAGAAAUCCUCAUUAUUUCGUUGAAUGAUUUAAAAUUUGAGCGUUGUUAUUUCUAUAUAGCCUAUACUUUCUCGUUCUGAACUUCUAACGUGAGUAGGAUGGGUCUGGCUUUGUGACAAUAAUCAAGACCAGCUGCUCACCGAUAUGACAGCCCCAGUGCAGUUACACCUCCGACACCGCCAAAACAUCAGCUAUGCGGGUGUCGGCUGUUGCCCGUUAAUGCUGAUCUGAUUGAAUCUAGGCUUAAGGGUCCCACUGUUCAGCAAGAGUAGGAGCAGGGCAAGUUUCAUUCAGCCAUCAGGCUGCUGAACAGUGGGACAUAGGACAGAUACGGAUAGACAGUAGGCCCCAGAGACUUUGAAUAUGUGAAAAUGUAAAUGUGUGACUUGUGUACUAGCUUUCCAGUUUUCCAUACUGCAUGUAAUAUAUUGUGUUGUGUAGGUGUAUUUGUAUGCUGACAUCACAAAAUGAAUUUACAUGUAAAUGGACAAAGUAUAUCGAAUCGUAUCGUAUUUGUUUUGCAAUUUUGUACGAUUGCAAAACAAAUACUGGGAGCCAAGAAGUACUUUUUUAAAUGUGAUGCAUUGCUAUUAUUGUUAUUGCUAUUAUUAUUGUAAAGAAUGAUGGAGUAACAAACUUUAAGGUCAUUUUAUGAGGCUGGUAACCAUCCUACUGGGCACAGAUGUCAAUUCAACAUCUAUUCCAUGUUGGGUCAGCGUAAUUUCAAUGAAAUGACGUGGAAACAAUGUUGAUUCAACCAGUGUAUGCCCAGUGGGAUGUGAUGAACUUGAUGACUUCUCAGCUGUCAGCUGCUGAAGUAUAAACAGAGACGGUUUAUGAAGUAAGUUGACCACUGGUAUAAAUGUUGCACUUACUGUAACUCUUUGUAUGUGAUGCAAUUGAAACAUAUUGUGUAACGCUGUACUGCAUUCUCAAAUAAAACAAAUAUCUAACACA